AUGAGGACGACGUCGGUCGCCCCCACGACGGCAUGGGUAUGCCAUUCGUGCCGUGCGCGUGCGCGUCAAGCAGCGCCAAAGCGACUUCGACUAUUCUCUGUCUCAACGCACAGGUCGACCACCGGUAGCAGCAGCACUCCUCCCGAGCACACUCCUCGACGAGGCAAGCUUCCCUCCACGCCGGCGAGAACACGUUUCGCCCCCUCUCCCACCGGCAGCCUUCAUCUGGGUUCCAUACGCACCGCCCUAUUCAACUACCUGCUCGCGCGGGCGACGGACGGCCAAUUCCUCCUUCGAAUCGAAGACACCGAUGCGAAGAGGACAAUCCCCGGCGCGGAGGACCAACUCUUCAGGGAUCUGAGAUGGGCCGGUCUACAAUGGGACGAAGGGCCCCAGGUCGGGGGUCCAUAUGGGCCAUACCGCCAAAGUGAACGACUCUCGGUCUACAGGAAACACAUCCAAGUCCUGCUGGACAGCGGACAAGCAUACCGCUGUUUCUGCACGGCCGACCGUCUCGAUGACCUCAACCGCCGGCGCCAUGAGAAGGGACUAAGUCUAGGCUACGACAGGAAAUGCCAUCACAGCAUCUCUCCCGCCGAAGCAGAAGAAAAAGCGCACCGCGGCGAAACACACGUUAUCCGGUUCCUCUCCCCAGCCGAGUGGCCUCGAUACAACGACCUGGUCUACGGCAAGGCUCAAGGCCAUGGCGCCGAGAAGACCAAGAAACUCCUGGUGGAUGAACCGGUGUACGAAGAUGUCAUCCUCAUGAAGAGCGAUGGCUUCCCUACGUACCACUGGGCGAAUGUCUGCGACGACCACGAAAUGCACAUCACCCACGUCGUCCGCGGCUCCGAAUGGAUGGCCUCGACACCGCUGCACGUCGCGCUGUACAACACUCUCCAGUGGACUCCGCCGUCGUACGCCCACGUGCCCCUGCUCGUCGACCAGAACAAACAAAAGCUCAGCAAGCGGAACUUCGACUCGGACAUAACCAGUUUCCGGACCAAGGGAAUCUUCCCCGAAGCACUCGUCAAUUUCGCCGCGCUGCUCGGCUGGAGUCACACGCAGAAGAAGGACGUCAUGGACCUCGCGCAGCUCGAGGCCCUCUUCGACCUGAAAAUCACAAAGGGCAACACCAUCGUGUCGUUCGACAAACUCAACUUCCUGCAAGAACAACACGCCCGUCGCAGGAUCGCCGCCGGGGGCAGCCCCCUGGAACAAAUGAUCCGCGACGUCGCCGUCGCCGUGCUGAACAGAUACGGAGCCGGCCAAGUGAUGCAGCUCCUCGCUCCCGACUCCGACUCCAACCCAGGCGCGCCGAAACGAACGCUCCGUGACCUGAUCGCCCAACUCCUUCAGAUCGAGUCCCUGCACUAUCGGUCGCCCGCCCAAUUCGCCGACCAAUGCGCUUUGUUCUUCGAGCCCGUCCGGCGGCCCGUGGAACUUGACGUCGGGGAUCCCGCCCUUUUCCACCCUCUCCGCGUCGCGGCGAGCACCCUCACGCUCGUCCCGGCCUCGUCGUGGACCAAACAAGUCCACCAUUCCCACUUGCGCGCCUUGGAGGCCUCUCCUCCCACCGAGACGACCGCCACCGCCGCAAAGACGUGGAAGAGAGAACUAUACCACUACCUCCGCUGGGCGGUGCUCGGCGGCAGACAGGGUCCCGGCCUGGCCGAGUCGUUGGAGAUCCUCGGACGAGACACGUGUAUUCGACGCAUCCAGGACGCGAAUGCCAGGGCCCGCGAUCUCGAGACCAUCAAGACUAGACCGGUUCUAGAGGCGGAAGGAUGGAGAGGUGAUGCCGAGGGGAAGAGACGGAUCGACAAGAACUGGAGGGCGUACUCGUUGUAG